UCAAAUCCUUUUUUGUUGCUAUCAAAAACGACAUUCACUAUCGACCGAGCAUGAAACCGAUACUGAGGCUGUCCAUUCGAAGAGACCGAGAUUAGCGAGUGAUGCGAUCUGAUAUUUCAUGACAUUCUAGCAGCGGCGUGAGUAGGAAAUGCCGCAGCAACCCAGGCCUGUGUGAUGAAUGAAAACAGCGAAUGAAUGAAAAGCAAGAGACAAUUGUGUAGUUUGUUUGCGGUUUUUUCAUGGGUUACCACAAACAUGUGUUUGUGUUUAGUUGUUUUUCUUUUUGCAAAACUGUAAUGGCAGCAUAGGAUGAUGGAGACGCGAAACACUUUCGAUAGACAGUCAGUCACUAUUUGAUGACAUCAGGGGACAUGUUGAUGUGCAGUCUGUCCCAUGAGUGAGCCACCAUGACUGCCCUUAGGCAGAGGAAGGGCAGCAAAGGAAGUAAGGAGCCUGGUCCAGAGGUCCUGAACCAGAGGUUCUACCCUUCAGCAGAGCCCCUAUCGAGGACUUCAGACGGCGUAUGGACAUGGAGGACAGUGCUAUGGGUUGCCAUAGGUUGGAUUGUGGGCAUUAGUCUUGGCAUCUUGUGCUGCAUCUACGUGGCUACGCUCCAUGAAAAUGACCUGUGGUUUUCCAACAUUAAGGAAGUUGAGCGUGAAAUCUCCUUUCGGACAGAAUGUGGCCUGUACUACUCGUACUAUAAACAGAUGUUGAGAGCUCCCUCCAUACAGCAAGGUCUUUCAGAGCUCAUCAAUGAUAAUGCCACUGAAUCCAAGAGAACCAUCAACCUCCUGCAACGUAUGAACAUCUAUCAGGAGGUGUUCCUAGGUGUUCUCUAUAGGAUUCUACCCAUACAGGCCUACCUGGAGCCAGUGUAUUUCUAUAUCUACACAGUGUUUUCCCUCCAAGCGGUGUAUGUCAUAGCCCUAUUCAUCACCAGCUGGCUGCUCAGUGGUUCCUGGCUAGCAGGGGCUCUCACUGGAGUCUGGUACAUCCUCAACAGAGUGGACACAACGCGGGUGGAGUUCACUAUCUCUCUCAGGGAGAACUGGUCCCUGCCCUUCUUCGCUCUCCAGAUAGCUGCCAUCACUUGCUACCUGAGGCCUCACCUCAAACCCAUCCAGCAGAAGGUGGUGUUGUGGCUGAUGUUCCUGGCCACGUUGUGCUUCUGCCUCACCUGGCAGUUUAAUCAGUUCAUCCUGCUGGUUCAGGCUCUCAUCAUCUUCACCCUGGACUGUCUGGACCUCAUCUCCACAGAACAGGUGACCUGCCUGUACCUAGUCCAGGUAAGCAGCCUGCUGUGCGUGUGGCUGCUGCAGUUCUGUAACUCCAUGAUCCUGGGCUCUCUGGCUCUCAGCUUCAUUGUGGCCGCUCUCUUUGUCAAGCACUUCCAGAGAGGGCUGAAGACAGGAGGUGUCGCAGCACGGCUGGGAAAGCUGCUCCUUCACACCGUCCUCGUCCUCGCACUAACAUUCACUAUUCAUUAUUUAGCCAAGCAAGCGUUGCAGGUCCGAUCGGAUGAACACAUCUUUAAAUUCAUAAAGUCCAAAUUUGGCUUGGGGCCUACCAGAGAUUUCGAUGCCAGUCUUUACCUGUGUGAGGAAGCCUUUGGGCUGCUUCCCUUGGACACGUUUGACCGCUUGGCUGGCACUCUGCUGGCAUACCCUUACCUCGUCACCCUGAUUGUGCUCCUGGUGAUGCUGGCGCUGGUAACACUGGCCAACCUCUGUGAUUCUUCAGCGGUCGGGCGUCCGCUGAAAGGCCGGUUCGAGGAGCGGCCGAUUUGUAUGCGGGCAGAUGUCGCCUACAAUCUGUUACACACCGUCUUCUUCGGCCUCCUGGCGCUCAGCACCAUGAGAAUGAAAUAUCUGUGGACUGGCCAUAUGUGUGCCUUUGCUGCCUAUGGCGUGUGUGGCAAGGAGCUGUGGUCCCUCUGCCUGAACAUGAUCCACUGUAACACUAAAACAAAGCUGAGACUGAUCAGGUACACGGUUCCACUUGCCAUUCUGGGAUUCCUAUAUUACAAGUUCUGGCCCAAACUGAUGACGGAAGUAUCAGAGCUGAGAGAAUUCUACGACCCUGACACUGUUGAGCUGAUGACCUGGAUUAGCUCAAAGACCCCCAAGAAGGCAGUGUUUGCUGGGAGCAUGCAGCUGCUGGCUGGGAUCAAACUGUGCACAGGGAGAGUCCUGACUAACCACCCACACUAUGAAGACCGAGCCCUGAGAGAGAGGACCAGACAGGUGUAUCAGAUCUACGCCCAGCAAUCCCCGGAGGAGGUCCACAGGAUCCUGCGCGCGGCGGGGGCUGAUUUCGUGGUGAUGGAGGACAGCAUCUGCUACGAGAGGAGGCACGGCCGGGGCUGCAGGCUCCGAGACCUGCUGGACCUGGCCAACGGACACAUCAUGGAUGGCCCUGGGGACAACGACCCAGACUUGGUCCACGCCUCCCAUCCUCGCUUCUGUGAGUCCGUCAAGACAGACGGCCCUGCCUACACAGCCCUCUUCACCCGCGUGUUCCAAAGCAAGACCUUCCACGUCUACAAGCUGAAGAAGGGCAAGAAGAGAGCCAAGGCAGACAGCGAGCCGGUGGCCAUGGAGGAUAAAACCCAGUAAUAAGACCCUGGGGACCUCAUAAACAACACCCCAUAAACAACACCCCACCCAUAUCCAGCCCGCCCGCCCAGUGUCCAACUCAGCCUCCUGCUCCCUGCCAAGUCGAUAACCCGAUGACUUCUCUGUGCUCCCUGCUCUCUGGUCUACCCGAGUUCAUCUGGAACCAUGGCUGCACUCUCCCACCCGCCGCCCUCCCUCCUUCCAUCCCGCCGUGCGCCACGGCGGCCAGAGGCAGGUGGUCACGUCCGGCUGACACGGCGCUGAUUUGAGCAGCGUCUGAUUGCGGCGGGCGAGCAGAUGAGCACAUGCAUAUCAAACCAGGGCUUUGUGUCAGGAAGCUCAUGUUUAAACAGGAGAGGAGGGAUGACGGUGCAUCACAACAGCAUUCAGGGCUCCCCUCUGGCUUUCACCCAGACUAAAGGCAAAGCAGAGGAGAGGAGAGAGACCUUUGAGAGGGAGCUGAUUGAAAGAUAGAGCAGCGGGGGUAAUUAUUGCGAAGGCUAGUCUGGUCUCUUUGGUGGCUGGGUCUGCAGCCUGACUGCACAGCUGCACCCUGUGCCAUUUUUUUUUUUUUUAACCGUGCCAUGUCUCGUCUCCACUUGUUAAUGAGGAUUCCUCUUUCGAUACUCUCUCACUCAAACGCAAAGCUCUGCAUACGUUGUCAGUUGCGGUGCAUCAAGGGGAAGUGCCAUUCUCAUUGUAAUGCAUAACAGUCAUAUCACUGUGAAGAGGAUUUGCUUGUUCAUUCCGUUGCAUUGAAAUUGGAUGUUUAAUUUAGUAGUUGGCUGACAGAUUUUUUUGGACGAGGGAGAAGUCAUUUCAUUGUGUUUUCCUAAUAAGUGCAUACUAAUGUAAUGUUGUUGAGCAUUGACAUAGUUCAUUUUCAUAUUUUAUUAAUAAUUCAGUUUAGAUGCAUCGGUCAUUUUAAGCAACAGUAUUUUAAUGGAAAUGAAAUGAGAAAAUGUUUAACUGUGUGUAUUCCCUCAAAACAACACCCCAGAAUCAUACAGUAUUCAGUAGAAGGACUGCACUGUGGGUAAACCAUGACCACUGGUCAAUGUUGAAUUAGGUGAAUGGUUAACAUAUUCAUGGUCACUGGUCUAUGUAUGACUGGCUAAAAUACAAAUUCAAGUAUUUAGAUUUUUUUCACAUGUUGGUGCAUUACAAAAUGGGAUUGAAAUAGAUUUAAUUGUAAUUUUCUGUCAUUGAUUUACAUUUAUUUAUACGGAUUUAAUAAAAAUUCAAUAA